CCUCUGCUCAUACCUCUGGACUUGGCCUCUGCGGGUCACCCACCGCUGCGAGAGGCUCAGAGCAACCGAGAGCAACAUCACCGUCGGCGGCCAGGAACGAGCAGAGUUUGGAUACUUCAGACGACCCACUUACUUGCCAUGAAGUCGACGUGCCUCCUCAUCUUGGCUUCUCUCGUGCUCUUCAACUUGGCGGUGUGCGGAGGACAGGGCAUCCCCGCCGAGGAGGACACGGACGGCAGGACCAUAGACGACAUCCUUCUCCAGAGAGCGGAGAGUCUCCUGAUACGGUCCAUCCUGGCAAAGAUGCAGGACGAAGACGACAGGAGCGAGGGAUUUACCCCUCAGCCAGAAUGGGUGACGAAGCGACAGCAUCCCGGCAAGAGACACGGAGACGAAUUGGAGAAGCGGCAGCAUCCGGGAAGGAGAGAGGAGGACGAGGAGGACCAGUACCUGGACGUUCAGAGGAGACAGCACCCGGGGAAACGCGAAGACGAAAUACACUCGUUCACGGAGCUCCAGAAGAGACAGCACCCGGGGAAGCGCUCCGCGGGGGGCUACAUUUCUGACGACCCCGUUAUACUCUUGAGUGAACUUUCUAAACGCCAGCACCCCGGCAAGCGCUACCUGGUGCUGCACAGCAAACGCCAGCACCCAGGUAAGCGCCAGCCUGACGACGGGGAUGGCGACGGGGACUGGGACGCGGGCGCAGAGGGAGACGAAGACCUCGCGGGGUUGGAAAAGCGUCAACACCCAGGAAAGCGGUUUUGGGAUAACUCGAGUCCGGAUCUGGGCACGAACAGUCCGUGUGACGUAUUGGACCCCACGAGCUGCAGCAAGACGAGUCUGCUGCUCGACUUUUUAGACAACAUCAGCAAGAGUCAUGCCGAGGAGAAGAGGCAACACCCGGGUAAAAGGUUCACACCCGAGCAGGACUUAGUGAAAGGAGAGUAGGGUCAAGAAACAUAUAACCUCUGCUGUGCGUAAUGGUGUGUUGUAAACAAAUAAAUGUGUAAAUGAAGUGACCAUAACGUAUUAUAAAAAUUGAAAAAAUUAUUGACAUCAUUUAUCAUUUUGUGCCGCUGUUUUUCCCGUUUCUUCCAUCGGCAGACAAUUAUUGUAUCAUCACUGCAAAACCAUUGAUCUGCAGUUUGUCUGCUUGGAGAGCUUGUGCGUAAAAUGUCCUUCAGACUGACUUUUAUCACCGUUGAUAAGGUUUUCAUGAGAGUUUGUGCUCUAUGUUGAACUUUACUAAUAAAUGAUCGCUAUCAUUAUUCUGUAUUUUUUCAGUUACUGCCUAAGUCAAGUCCUUGAUUAAAGCAUUAUUAUAGUCUACUGGCUUUUGCGAUGUCGCCUCUGUGAGGCAACACACACUGGUCAGUGCAGUUCAUGCUUGAAACACAUCAAAGUGGCUGCGUUUACACUGAUGCAUAGAAACCUUAUUUACCGACUGAUUUGCAUUUCAUUAUUUUGUAUUUAUGUAAAAUAUAACGAAUAUCACAGCAAA